CAGCCGCGUCGCGGCACGUCUCCUGCUCUGGAGAAACAAAACUUUUCAUCCUCCGCCGUUACUCGGCGGGCCUGAUCUGAAACGGCGACUCUCUCGCCGAACUUAUCCUCAAUUGCAUCUCGUCGAUACCGCUCCCUCCCCCCCCUUCCCCGGAAAAUGAUAAAAUCCGUUCUUCGAAGCGGUCGCAGGAUUACAUUACGUCGUCUAACCUCAUUCUUGUUUUCCUCGCCCUAAAGGUCAUUAACAUCGAGCGUCGCAAAAUCCCGGUUGAGUUUGUCGAGAAAUUUGCGCGUGUCGUCUUAAUUAGUCAAGUUCCAUCAAUGUGAAUCUGAUGUUGCGUCGGAAGUAUCAUCGCUACAAAACAUGGCUAUGACCUUUGAUAACAAUCUCGAAGAUGGACUGGAUGGUCCAUUGGAGGAAGAUGAGCUUGAGGAGGAAGAGUACGAUGCGCUGAAUGAUGAGACGUUUGGUCCCGAUGCUGCUAUCGGUGAUUGGGAAGAAGAUCAUGAGAAACUUGCCGAAAUUACUGAAUCAAAUCGCCUUCAUAAUCAGAGUGCAACAAAUAAGAAGACUAUUUCUAACAUAAAUAUCGAGGAUAAUUUAUCACAUUUGGUAUUGGAUAAAGAAGGAAUAGUUCCUCGACCUGGUGUGUGGGGUAGUCCUUUAAAUUUAUCUCCUCCGAAACCACGGUUAUCUUUACCAAAUGUCUGUACAGUGGAAGAGUUGGAAAGAGGGCUUAUUGCAAAUAGGCCGCCACCAGGUCUCAGUAAACCACAAACGCAACAACAGAAAAAGUCUGAGGGUUCACUUCUCUUUGAGGCCCUCUCUUUGAAAGAGAAACUUCAAGUCAAUGGCCUACCUCCACCACGUUUUCCGCCAGGAUUGGGUCUACCUGGAGCACAUCCUAUAGUUUUGCCCAAUAUAAGAGCACCACAUCCUCAGUUGAUGCAACACCCUAGAUUAUUAGGCUUAAUUAAUCAACCUGGUAAUAUGUUACGUUAUCCUCCUCCGCAUUUAAUGUUGCCACAACCAGUUCCAAGGCAAGCUCUUCAUGGCUCUUAUGGUUUUCCUCCUCAACUGCACCCUAAUCUAGGAGGCCCGCAGUUCCUUCGGCCAGAUCACAUGAUGCCUGCAUUUCCUAAUAAUCAAACCAAUCACCAACAACACCAACCUUAUUCACAUUUAGGAAAUCAGAGAAAUCAGAACAGAUCUUACUAUCAUAGCGAACAACAAACUGUACAUCAACCAUUUUUUAAAAAUAAUCAAUAUCCUCACCGCAAUCAUGACAGAAAUAAUCAAAGACCUUAUCAUCAUCAACAUUACUCGCACAGUGUUAACGGUAAUGCUUCGGGAGAAUACGAACACUCAGGAAAACUUGCUAUAAAACCUCAUGAGAAGCAAUGGUUAAUUAAUAUUCAAUUAUUACAACUUAAUACAAUCCAACCGUACGUUGAUGACCAUUAUUAUGUCGUAUUCUGUGAUAAACGGAAUAAGCAACAUGCAAAUCAAGAACAAAAAGAUAAGAAACACCAUAAUAACAAUGGAUAUCAUAGGGAUCAUAGAGAUUGGGAACCAUCACCUCAAGCCCCUUCAAGAUCAGCAUACACGCCAGCUCAAUUUGAGAAUUCAUUAGGCAAACUUCAUUGCAGCAGUGUGACAGCACCACGUAAACUUAUCGAUAUGGAUGUCGUAUCAAAUAGCGAUUCUCAGUCUACUUCUCAGUCCCAACAGAAAGACACUAAAAAAACACGGCAAUUACUCCUUGAAAUUGAGAGACUGUAUACAUUGCAAUUCAAACUCGAAGAUCUGAGUAAUCCUCUCGCUUCAAUUCCGGAACCGCAACAACAACAGGAAGGGGAAUCUGAAGUAAAUACGACUAAAACUGAACCGGAGUUAAUAAGCAUGAUUUUAAUAUGUAUGCAACACGUAAUACAAGAUGAUAAAUUAGCUAGUAUGCUAAGUAUUCGAAAAGGAAAGACAUUACUACUGCGUUUUUUACCUCACCUGAACGUGACAGAACAUAGCAAGCAGUUGAGAGAAUUGUGGACUGCGAUAUUUAAAGGAUUAGCCGUAAUAGGCCGUAGAGAUUGUCAUAUAUUGACAGACUUUUAUUCCGAAUUUCGAAGAUGGCUUGAUGCAGUGAAAGAUUUUGAUACUAUAUUGCGAUUAGCGAGAGCAUUAUCCGACUCUGCUAUUGUUCAUCCUGUUAAAAAUAAUAGCUUAACUUUUGCCCUUCUGAAUAAGUUUGGUGUGUCCGCAAUAGCAGCGAUGUUUGAGCAUGCUGAACAAUUGUGCGUCACAGAUGAUUCCCUGCCUUCUGAAUGGUCAACUUUUGUAGUGACAAUAGUUGAGCUAAUUGGUGACUCGCCCCCCUGUGUUGCACCUUGUCAACCAAUUACUGCAAACACGCUCAAUAAACAUCUGAAUCGGAUUUCCAGUUUAAAACUAGAAAGGUAUACAGCGCUAGCGUGCUUGUUGACUGAUGCCAAUCCGUUACGAUAGUCUAACGUUACACAAGUUAAAUUUGAGUUUUUUUAAAGUUCGUCUUUUUUUAACGUGCGAAAACUAAAUUAUGCUAAAAAGGAAUGAUACAUACAGACAAAUAUUUUAAUAUAAUUACUAAUGUUAUUGAAACAUCCAUUGUGUAUGAUAAUAUUUCUAAAUAGAUGCCAUGAUUUUACAAAGUAGAUUAAGUAUCUGAUACGGAAGAUUUAAAAAAAAGAAUUUAUAUAUGUAUAUAUAUAGGUAGAAAUAUUGUGAACAUCCUGAUGCACAAUGAGGUUUCUUACUCGUAUACAUAUAUAAUAUCAUUUUUUAUUGUAUAUUUUGUAAACAUUAAUCAGUUUAAGCUCAUAAUUGAUAGCAUGAUACAGCCACUACAAUAUCAGAAAAAAUAAACAUCAGAUAACAUCAGAUGUAAUAGAGUUACAUGUCAAUAAUCCUUCAUGGCUUUUUUUUUAAUUACGGUAUAUUUUGAUUUCUACUCUGUGUAAGAUUGGUAUCUAAUGUUCAACGUAAGACAUUUGAAGUUAUCUUAGCACAUUUCAUUUCCAUUUAAAAAUAUUGUGAGAUUUAUGUCUUUCUUUAUAAAAUAUAUCAUGUAAAAUGAAACAAGUGAAACAGAUAAUUUCAAAUGCCUUACUUCGAAUUAAACUGCACAUCCUAUCUUCCUAUUUGCUAUAUAUUUCAUACUGCUUUUAAUUAAUGUAUUUAUAUUUUUAAUAUAAUUAAAAUUAUAAGUUCUACUAUUGGUAUUUAUAUACUGUUGUAUUGAUGGAUACUUAAAUUAUUUUGGCUAUAUAUUAUGUAUCCAUUUUUUAUGGAGAUUUCCUGUAUAGAAAUAUAGUGAUAAUUUUAGAUGCAUUAGGAAACUUUUCCUUUAUUCCUUCAUGAACUCAAUUUUUUUCAUUAACAUAUUUUAUUGUAAGUAUAGAACGCAUUAGCGUUUUUUACAUUAGCAGUUUUUUUUUUUUUUAAUUUAUGCUGCUAACUGUAUCUUUUAAAGUUUAGUUCUGCAUAUAUUUUGCAAUGUUACAUGCAUAUGAAUAUAAAUAUGUAUAUGAUGAUAUUCUUCAUGAAAGGUAAGAUAGGAUGUGUAUGUUCUUUUUUGUUCUUUUGUUUACAUGAAAAGCAGAACUACGUUAUUAUACAUAAACAUUAUGCAUUGUUGUAAAUGAAAUCAAUAGCGCUAGAAAAAGAAAAAAACUCGUUAUCAGUGUACAGAUGACUUAUAUUUUGGAAAUAACGACAGAUAAUCAUUUACACCGCACUGUUAAGAUAUAAUUAUGGAGAUGAGAGUAUACAACAAUUGCAUAAGUUAGUUAUCAGCAGCAAAACUACAGUAGACUUUUUAUAACGUUUGUAUUAUAUAUUAAGUACCAAAAUUGAAUUUCUAUCAGUUCGGAUAUCAGAAGCAUGUAACAACAUGAUCUUUAAUCUAGUUAUAAAAGAUUACAGAUUCAUCAAUUUAGGAAGGUGUGGUAUCUCUUUCUUUUCUUAUUUUUUAAUAUAAAAUGGUUGUAGGUCAGACACAAUCUUGUGAUCGCGUAAUAAAAGGAAGAGAGAAAGGAAGGAGAUUCUAUAAUUGCAAUGUGUUUACAGUACCGUAAGAAUUUUAAAGAUAAUCUAAAGUGUAUGAGAUGACAUGGCCUUUAGAGUACUAAAUAAGACGAUUACUUUUUAUCGCAGUUUAACGACAACCUUGUUUAUGUACUUUUAGCUUGUAUAUAGAACGAUAUUGCGUGAAUGAUGGAUGCAUUUUGUAAUCAAAUGCAGAAAUAUUUCGGUUUCUGCCAUGUCGCAUGACGUAAUAAUACAAUUUUGCAAAAACGAUUUUCGAAGUUAGAGUUUCUUGUUGCUAGUUUGUAGUCUUAACACGUGUAAUAAUGAUUAUCGACUCGAGCGGUAUUUUUUAGUUGCAUCGGACAUUUUGUAAAGGAGAAGUUUUUAAAAACCAUGGAAGCAUCGCACACGCAAUUUUAAUUUUGUAACUCCACAAUCCGAAUUUAAUUACAAAUAUUUUGUCGCGCUAGUUUUUUUAUUUGUAAAUCGCUUCACUGUCAUUAGUUAAAUCAUUAAAAGUUAACGUUAAGAUAUUGCAGCAUUUCAGUUGAUUAUAUUUAUAUAACUUAAGUUACGUUGUCACAUAUAAACAUACGUUAUUUCAGUGCGAUUAGCUUAUAUGAUUUAAAUAAUACAUAUUACACAGUGUUAUAUGAUUUUUCAAUUUAUGCUAUUAGAUAUCACUAUAAAUACAGCUUUGGUGAUUAUUAAUUUGAUGAAUUAAAUGAAUUACACAAAAGGCGAACCAAAUGAUUACUCAUCUAUUAACGCUUACGAAUGAUUUAUUAAUGUUCAGCUCAAAAGUCUUGCUAAUUAGUGUUCUCAUUAUUAUGUAACAAGCUGACAAAGAGAAAUAAAAUCUACGUUUUUACAUAA